AUGAGAGAGCGCGCGGUUAGUGUUCCUGUUGGGUUGAACGGCUGCAAACGCAAGCCGUUUGACAGCUCUUUGCGGGUCCCUUUCAACCCGCGUGACCUGCUGGGGCGGGACGGGCGAGGGGAUUUCUGCUUGGUGCCCGACCACGAGGUCCUCGCCCUCUACUUUCACGACGAGACCACGGCGAAGGAGAACGACAACGGCAGCAACCAGUGGGUGUCGGUGUUGAAGGGCGCCGCCAUCAAGGAGAAGGGGGAAGGACGCGCCGCGCACAUAUCUGACAUAAUUGGGGUGGAUAGAGGGGUCGCAGCGAUAGGGAAGGAGGCCUGGGGCAUGAUGCAGGAAGACAUGAACGUGGUCGAAGAUAAGGAGAACCCGGUUGAGGUCGCGCGGCCGGCUCCCAAGGACGGGGAGGCGCCGACGCAUCGGGUGUUUCCCGGACGCUACGNUAGAGGGGUCGCAGCGAUAGGGAAGGAGGCCUGGGGCAUGAUGCAGGAAGACAUGAACGUGGUCGAAGAUAAGGAUGACACGGUUGAGGUCGCGCGGCCGGCUCCCAAGGACGGGGAGGCGCCGACGCAUCGGGUGUUUCCUGGACGCUACGAGCGUUCCGGGAUCUACUUCGGCAGGAAAGAGGGCGAGGGGAAGGACGGCCAUGCCGUGAAGCUCGUGCAGGAUGCCGUCGAGCUGCUGAAAGGGAUUCCCGGCGCCUGCCAGGGCAACACCAAGACGGGUACUGGAACUGCGCACGGAUGUUGGAGCAAAUUCCGGGGCUCAUCGCCAUCCACGAGCUGA